UGGUUUGUGUUUGUUUUGAUUUAAUUCUAGGUUAUGUAUGUUGCGUGAGCGAAAUUUUUAUUUAUAAAUUUAUAUUUUAUAUAAUAAUGGAUAUUAAAGAAAUAUUUAAAAAGAAAAUAAGUAGAUAUAAAGAAUUAUCCGUGAAUGAUCCCGAACAAAACAAAGAAUGUUCACAAACUUUGGAGGAAAAUACUUUUAACUUAUGCUAUGACAAAUGCAAAUUAAAAUUAUCAAAGGAAGAUUCAAGUGCCUAUCAAAAAAUACCAAAAUUUUACAAAAUAAUGUGUGAUGACUAUAAAUCAUCAGACCUUAUUAAGAAAUUUAAUGAAGAAUCCCGUUCAUUAUUUAUUCAAGAAAAAAGUUCAUUAGUACUUAAUAAUAAUGAAUUAAAAUCUUUAUAUGGUUUACUGGAGAAAUACCACACAAGAAAUUGUGGUGAAGAGCAAUUUAUAAAUUAUGAGGGAUAUUGCAGAGUUAUGGAGCUAGCAGAUAAAAGGGCAAGGCAUUAUUUAACCAUAAGUUCUUUUGUGCAGUUGCAGGAAGAUGAUUUACCUGGAUUUGUUAACAUAAUGACUUUAUUUAAUCAUAUAAUGAGAUUAGUUUGGCUACGACAAUCUCGAAUUGGUCUGAAUUUUUAUGAUGUAUCUGGGCAAGGCAGUCUAUAUGAAGCGGAGUUGGAGGCUUAUAUUCAAGAGCUGAUACCUACAUUACCACAAUUAAAGGGAUUAGAAAGUUCUUUUUACAGUUUUUAUGUUUGUACUGCAGUUCGUAAAUUUAUGUUUUUUUUAGAUCCUUUGAGAACUGGUCGAGUAUUAAUUGAUAAUAUUUUAGCUUCAAAUUUUCUAGAGGAACUGCUAGAAUUGCGUGAUAAUAAUCUGCCAAAAGAAUCCCAAGACACAAAUUGGUUUUCAGCUCCAUCAGCACUUCAGGUUUAUGGUCAUUAUUUAAAACUGGAUCGAGAUCACAAUGGAAUGUUGAGUAAAGACGAGUUGUCCAGUUAUGGCUCAGGUACUUUAACAUCAGCAUUUUUGGACCGAGUUUUUCAAGAAUGUAUGACAUAUCAAGGCGAAAUGGAUUACAAAACAUAUUUAGAUUUUGUGCUAGCUAUGGAAAACAGGCAUGAACCACAGAGCUUGCAAUAUUUUUUUAAAAUACUUGAUAUUGAUUCCCAGAAAUAUCUUACUGGUUUUACUCUGAAUUACUUCUUUAAGUCAAUACAAGAACAAAUGCAAGCACAUGGAGCAGAGCCUGUGUUAUUUGAAAAUAUAAAGGAUGAAAUUUUUGAUAUGGUUAAGCCUGAAGAUCCAACUCGUAUCACACUAAAGGAUAUAAUAAACAGCCAACAAGGUGAUACUCUUGUCAGCAUUCUUAUAGAGUUACAUGGAUUUCUAGCUUAUGAAAAUAGGGAACUAGUUAUAACUGACACACCGAAAGAGGAGUCAAUGCAGGUUUAAAAUAUUAUUUAAUUGGGGAA